CAUCCUUUGGAACGUACGGAAAGUGAACGAUCCUCUUGCAGAGGAUCAUUUUAUGGAAAAAGCAAUCUUUCUGAUAUAGCGAAUGUCUAAUAUGAACCAAACUUGAGUAGACCACAGUUGGUAAACCCUGCCCUAGAAUGUGUCGUGGACUUUGGGAUACAACUUGAUCAUAGAAGUGUGGGGGGACGACAGAGUUAUCCGAGAAACAACUGGCGUCAAAUCAUGUCAUGAAGUUAUCACUUGAGAACUUCAUGUCUUGACCCUGCUGCAUGUGAUGGACAGGUCAAUCUCACAAACAACACAAAGGUGAAAAGAACAGAGGGGAGUUUGUUGACAUGACAGCAGCUCUUAAUGAGAUCCGUGGAGGCUGAGCAGCCAUCAUAAAAGACUUGACUCUCCUGACCGUUCGUGCACAUUAUGCACAUGACCAAAACAUGAACGGAACACACGUCCUAAUAAUUCUUGGUGGCUUUGUAGAUGUGGAGAAGUACCGAUAUAUCUACUUUGUGAUCUUGUUGAUAGUAUAUGUUGUCAUCAUCUGCUGUAAUUGCACCAUUAUUUGCCUCAUCUGGAUUCACAGGAACCUUCAUGAGCCUAUGUAUUUUUUCAUUGCAGCUUUGUCUCUAAACUCGCUUUUCUACAGCACUGCUUUUUACCCCAAACUCAUUGUGGACGUCUUGUCUCACCAGCAGAGCAUUUCUCACGCAGCUUGUAUGUUUCAAAUGUUCUGUUUCUACACUUUAGCUGCUUCAGACUUCUUUCUGUUGGCAGCCAUGGCUUAUGACAGGUAUGUGUCCAUCUGCAAGCCUCUGCAAUAUGCAACUAUCAUGUGCACAACUAAUGUCGCUAUCUUGUUGGCCUUCGCCUGGCUUCUGCCUGCCAUUAAGGUUGGCUUGGCAAUUUAUUUUAAUACAAAGAUAAAAAUGUGCAAGUUGGUUUCAGGGGGGAUAUUCUGUAACAAUUCUGUCAAUAAGCUUCAGUGCAUGAAACCACAAAUACUCACCAUUUAUACUGUGUUCGUCUUUAUCAACUGUGAGAUUCUCCCUGUGCUGUUCAUUCUCUACACAUACAUCAAAAUAUUUAUCAUUUCCUAUCGCCGUUGCGGCAGGGCUUGGAAAAAGGCGGCUGAGACCUGUUUACCUCAUCUAAUGGUUUUGAUCUGCUUCUCUUGCUUAGUUAUGUUUGACGUAGUGGUGGACAAAUUGGAAUCCGACCUUCCAAAAACCACUCGCCUGAUUAUGAUGUUGCAAAUAGUGAUGUACAAUCCUCUCUUCAAUCCUAUUAUAUAUGGACUGAAGAUGAAGCAAAUAUGGAUACAUAUCAAGCUGUUAUUUGGAAGCAGGUCAAAAUCAAAUCCAGCAAGGCCAGCCAGGUAAAUUAAUGCUUGGAGUUUUGUAGGGAUAUAUUGAGAAAUAAUCAGUAAGUUAUACUGUUGUACUUUUAAUUUUAAAUUGCUAUUUUGAACAAACACAGUAAUUUUCCCCAUAAAGGAUAUUUUCCCCAGACAAAAAGCACAAUUUCUCCAGAACACUUUAAUUUUCAAAAUUCUUGCUGCAGGUUCAACUGACCUUUCAAACCAGAAUUGCAUUUUGACAAAUUUCUUUAAAAAAAAAAAUACCACACUGCUAAUAUAAACACAGGUUAUACCGUUUUCAAUAUUUCAUUCCGUUGUCUUUUUUUUUUAGCAUAGUUGAGGGUAGAUUUAUUCUUAAGUAAUUGAAAGUCAUGUAGUUACAUUACUUUGAUUACAUUAUUGACAACAUUUUUAUAGUAACUAACUGUAACUAAAUUUGACACGUUUGGCUUGUUUCGUAAAAAAAACGUGUUGGUUGGGUUGUUUUACACAAAAAGUGGGUUGUUUUGUGCAAAACAACCGAAGAAAUUGGGUCAAUGUGGGCUGUUGAAUUCCCAUCCACCAGUGAAACAAUUGCAACAUUUGGCUCCAUCUAGCGGACAAAGAGGGAUUUUUAGACGGAGGCCUUACCCCACGGUUUGAAUGUGAGACCUCCACCGUAUCUUUCAUUGACUGGCGACCAGAAGUCAGCAUGAUUAGACUUCAGUACCCAGUAACCCUGAACAGUGUCGUGUGUUGAUUAUUUAUAUACUGAACAAGAUUUUUUUUGCUUGAAAGUCCCACCACGUUUGUGGCAUAAAUUCUAUGGCUGGUUUCUGUUGGAAAUAAUAUUUCGUUGCUCUUAGAGAUAAUAAACACUACUGUAAAGUGUCGUUGAAAAAUGUAACCUU